CUAGAUAGUACAAUAUCAUGAGGUACACUCACUGUUAACUCUCCUCGACAGUAUUGUACUCACCCUUCUGGCAGCACAUACUGAACUUCUGGAAGAUGAGACAUGAAGAUCACAUUCUCUUUCUCCGGUAUGAGGACAUGACGAAGGACCUGGCGGCAGUAGUGAGGCAAGUGGCAGCUUUUCUAGGAAGAGAUGUGAACGAAGAGCAGGUGUCAUGGCUGACUCAUCACUGCUCCUUCGAGGAAAUGAGUAAGAAUCCAGCAGUAAAUUACGAGACCUUGCGGAUGGCACCCACACAAGAGGCAAAGGCAAUAAAGUUCAUGAGAAAGGGCAAGGUAACUCGUACAGAAAAGUCGCUUGCAUUAUCUUGGUGUUCAUCUUAAUAAUAUGUUAACAAGUCACCAGAGUAGGGUGCUGACCCUCUGUCAGGUGAGAAAAAAAUGAACUUAAAUAGAGCGUAAUAAAGCCGGUGACUUUAGAAACCUCACUACUCGAGCCUUUUUGUUGAAACACAGUUAAUCUGGAGCCAUUCUAAAAUUAUAGCAAUUUAAAAAAGUCAAUGAAAUAGGCGAACCAAACAUUUACGAAGUAAACCUGUAUUGUUCAACAUGUUGCAUACGUGAGCAGCAUUAAGUGUACAAUGGGACAAACAGCUAGAACUUGUUUAGUCUGUCACAGCAGGUGAGGAGAGGUGAUGGAAGAUAUAAUGGCGGCACGAUGGUCAACACACUCUUCUCAUCGAUGGUGUUAUGUGUUUAACUGCUGUUUUCUGUCUUGUGUUAUUCCAGGAAAAUCAUCGACACAUAGAUCUCUUAUAAGAAGAUCCAGUACAGCCAUAUAGGGAAGGCACGGAGAAAAAGCAGCUAUUAAAAGCGUAACGCCAUCAAAGAGAGUCGCUAUUAUAAGCCUUGUGGCUGGCCACCUCAAAGUGGUCGCUGCCUUACCUAUCGAACUCAGUGAUCUAAGUAACUUUUUUAUUCAACUUCUUCUUUAGUUACUAGUUUAAUGUUGCUCCAUUACACAACGCAAGUGAAACUGGUUGCUACUGUGUGAAUGAUUGCGUGUGUUUCUGGUGUAAUAUAUUUUGCAAGACAUCUUGUGUUCUUCAAAAUUAUCAAAAGGAUAUUACAUCAUCUUUGAUCCACAUAAUAUUGUUAUAUCCUGCAUAGCGUAUAGUGCAGUUGUUGUCUUUGUUGUCACAGGUGUUGUGUUUAGUGUGUCUAGAAAAUUCAUGCAUA